CAACCAUAUAUCCAUAAUAUACUACUGGCCAUUUCUUCUAAAUCUUUAUAACAUAUUUUUUUUAUGUUAUCGUUGGGUACUUCACUCGUAAAGACUUUUUAAAAAAGCUAUAACAAAAAGAGAAAAAAAAAAAAGUCUCAACAAUAAUUAAAUUAGGUAACAAAUUAUUUAUAAAAUUGUGAGGAAUUUUCUAAUUAGAUAAACUCUAAUUUAACAGUUACCAACCAAUGAGACCCAUCCACGUUUCGGUUCCCAGUGGAUACUACCAUACAAGAUUACAAUCCUCUCUAAUGGAUUCUUAACCAAUGGCUCUUAAAAUGUUUGUAGAACAGCUUUCGCCAUAUCAUUGGCCCACGUAGCUGACUUACAGCAUUUGAACCAUCAAAAACUCGACAAGUGUCGAUUGUUCUAAUCGCAUAUUAGCACCGCCCGUUCAAUAUUCUCUUUAAAGCCAAGAAAACCGAAAGUGACGAAACCCUCGCUUUGAUGAAGUUGGUUGCAAUCGAUCAACGGUCAAGAUCCAUAUUCGGAAUACAGGUGUACGUCAAAGAUGAAAGUAGCCAUGACGUAUGAUCGAUCAAGCAGUUGUAGCCCACGUUUCGAUAUUCUUUUCACGAGCAAAAAUCCGGUGCUCCUCACACACAAAGUCAAAAUUAACUCUCUUUCUUUUUUUUUUUUUCUCUCAAUUCUGCUCGCCCGUAAAUUCAUCAUAAAAACGAGCGGCGAUCGACCGCUGCCUUCGGUUUUCCGGCGAUAAAGAAAGGGAAACUUUGGAUGUGGACGAUGUAAGCUGAGUUCACGCGCUUUGAUUGAGAGCUAAAGGAUAAGAAGAAGAAGAAGAAGAAAAGGAAAAGUGCUUUGUCUUCAGUUGAAAUGGUUUUGUUGGUUAAUGGAUUUUUGAAGUAUUACAAACAAGUGACUUCUGAGUGAUUGUUUCUGGCAGUCUUUUCAGAAUAAAAGUUUUUGGAUGGCAAAGGGUCCUGCGUAUGUAUCUGACGGGAAUGCAACAUUUAAUAAUCCUUCCAUAAUUGAAACCAAGCGAUCACAUAAUUGGUUUGUUGAUGCUGAACCACAGCUGUUCCCCAACAAAAAGCAAGCUAUACAAGCUACAAACAACAAAACAAGUUCUGGAAUAUCUGAUUCAAAUGUUUCCCCUUGGGAAAACGUUUCCAGCUUUCAAUCAGUUCCAAGCCAAUUUAUUGAUCGGUUGUUUGGCUCUGAAUCUGAAAGGUCAGUCAAUUUCAGUGAAAGGAACAUAUCUCCCAUUGAAGCUGAUAACAUUAGACGAAAAGGCAUUGAAGAUCAUUUUGGUGAAGAUGCAUCUGUUGGUUUGUCGAUAUCUCAUUCCAUUGAAAGUCCUGAAACAUGUUUAAAUUAUGGUGGAAUUAGAAAAGUAAAAGUCAAUCAAGUUAAGGACUCUGAUAACAGUAUGCAUGAUCCAAAGGAACAUAGUUUUAGUAGGGAAAAUAACAGUGACAGGUCUACAAUUGAGGCCUAUAAGAGAGAAAACGAAAGCAGUUUCAUUUCAAUGGGGCAUAGCUAUGAUAAGGAGUAUGACAAUGUUGUAGUAAUGGGUAAUACCUAUAACAGGGGAACAGCAACUACUGCUUAUGGUGAGGGCAAUGAAAUUCCCGUAUCAAUGGGCAACACUUACGGUAAGGAGGAUGCCAAUAUUCUUUCUUUUAGUGGCUUUCAUGAAGAACAUGAGAUUAUCCCUGUGGACAGGCAUCUUGGUAGCUUUGAACCAUCAUACAGUCAAUCUUCCAAUCCAACAUCAGUAGCAGCUUCAGAAAAACAGCUGGAUUCAUCAACUGCUGGUGCAGUUGCAGGUGCUACUCAGCCUGCUAAAUUAAGACCUGAAUCGGCUUCAAGGACUAAAGCAGAGUUCAAAUCAUCAAAGAAAGAAGCUCCAAACAGCUUCCCUUCAAAUGUCAGAAGUUUGAUAUCAACUGGUAUGCUUGAUGGUGUACCUGUGAAGUACAUUUCCUUGUCACGGGAGGAGCUUCGUGGAGUUAUAAAAGGUUCUGGCUAUCUUUGUGGGUGUCAAUCAUGUGACUUUUCUAAGGUGCUGAAUGCUUAUGAGUUUGAGCGCCAUGCUGGUUGCAAAACAAAGCAUCCAAACAAUCACAUUUACUUUGAGAAUGGAAAGACUAUCUAUCAGAUAGUACAAGAAUUGAGGAGCACUCCCACAAGCUUGUUGUUUGAUACGAUUCAAACUGUGUUUGGUGCCCCAAUUAAUCAGAAGUCCUUUCGCAUUUGGAAAGAAUCAUUUCAAGCGGCAACUCGCGAGCUUCAGCGCAUUUAUGGGAAGGAAGAACUAAACAUAUAAGAUGAAUUUUCUGAACAGGUUUGUCAGAAUGUAAGAUAGAGCAACAAAUAUCUUUCCCGCGUGAUGUGCAUAAAAAAAAUGUUUUAGUUCUUGGUAAAUAACGUACCCUGUAGAUUUUGGUUGGGCAACUGAUGCUUUCCAUUCAUCUCAAGGCUCAAUCAAUUUAAGACAAUGUGUUGUAGGCAU